AUGAGUAACGUGUUAGCAAAUGUGUUGAAAAAUACGAAAUUUUAUUUAGAUAAAAUCAACUUCAGUCUCAUCUUUUUUCCGAGUUUGCUUAUUUAUAACAUCCCGCUAAAAAAUAUCGAAAUAAGAAACAUAUAUUUCGAAAUCGAGUUCAUUAAACAAGUAAUUAAUUUUUUCACAAAAAAAAAAAAUAAAAAGAUUGAAAAAAAUCCAAAAAAAAGGCUAGAAAAAAAAAAAAAAAUAUGUAUUACUUCUGUAAUAUUAUCAUUAGACUUAGAAGACUACGAAACUUAUAACUCCUAUUACAGCAUUUACUUGAGAUUGAUAAAAGGUAAUGUUACGAACAAAUUAAUAUACACUAUUUGUUUGAAAAUAUCUGUUUUCUUUUUAAAAAUAAUCUUAAAAUAUUAUUAUAUAAGCAUUAAAAAAAUUGAUAUAAAAAUAUAUUAUAAUCAUAAACAUAGACACAGUAAAUAUUGUAAUAAUGGAAAAAACAUAUCCAGGGGUAAGAGCUCCUAUGACUUGAUAUUUAAAAACAUUAAUAUUGUACAUGAUGGUUAUGCGAGGAGAUCGAAUAAAGAAAAUGAAAAAACAAAAAAAAAAAAAAAAAAUGGACAAUACUUACGCGAAAGUCUAACCCAGUUGGUGCCUGUUCAUCAGGUUAACGAUAUUGUUCUUGGUAGUGUUAGCCAAAAUGUUAGUAACUACUCCUGUAAAGGGAAGAAUGACAAGGAGUGGAAAUCUGAAACGCUUGAUGGUUAUGUUUUCUCAUGCAAAAGUAUUGAGCUGAAAAAAGAGAACAACAAGAGUAUUUCAGUUUUUAUUAAAAAUAUAUUUUUUUUUAUUAAGGAAAAAAAAAUAUUCAUUCCCAUUUUUUUUAUUAACAUAAAAAUGUGCGAAUUGAAGGAAAUAUUUUUCCUAAUACAUAAAAGUAGAAGAAAAAUUAGAAGAGAUAAUUUCGUAAGAGAUUUAAUAUAUGCUGUUAAAUUGCAGAAUAUAAGGAAUUCCCACAUUGGUAGUAAUGGUAAAUAUGAUGAUAUUGAUUACGGCUUUUUAUACUCAAAUAUUUACUUUUGCAUGAACAGGUUAUUUGUUAAUGUUCAUUUGGAGAAUAAUAUUACUAUAAAGAAUGAAGUAGGCAAUUUAUUUUUUUCCAUUCAGAGGAGGGAAGAAAGUGGGACUGGGAAUGCAGCUGAUGACGGUAAUGGUAAAGCAGGGGAUAGUGGCAGUGAUGAUCUCAACUGCUACAAAACUCGCCCAAGUGCCUAUUACUUGCGUAAUAAAAUCCAGCUGUUUUUUAACUUUUUCCUGUCUUGUUCAGAAAAAAAUUUAAUUUCAGUUAGCUCUCCAAAUAAGGAUAAAUUUAAAAAAAAUAUCUCCAUAAAAAGCAAAAUGGACAAAUGUGAGAGAAAAUAUACUUUAAAGAAUAUGCAUGUAGCUUACAAUAAAUUUAAUUUAAUUAAAGUAGAGAAAAUAAAUUUUUUUUUUGAAAAAUAUGACUGUAAAAAUUAUUUAAUUUUAAAUAACUGCUCCAUCAUUUUGGAAAUGGUAGAAAGUAUAGACACGUACAAUAUAAUAAAAGAGGAUUUCUUUUCUGAAUGGAGUGAUAAUGAAAUAAAUGAAAGAAUAUUUCCGUUAAGUAUGGGAAAAAGAAGUGUAAAAGUGGAAAAUCAGGGAUAUGAUAGAAGCAGUAUUUGUUAUGUGUGUAUUAAAAAUGUAUUCAUUUACCUUAAUAAAAAUAUGGAUAAGUUUAAGCUAUUAUAUGAAAAAGCCGUGUUAGUGAGUAGGGAAAAAGGCACAUUGUCUUAUGACAGUAAAACUACUUUAACUAAUCGGGAGGAAAUAAUAAAAAUUGAAAUUAAACAAAUAUAUAAUUAUAAACAGGAAAAUGGAUACCGUCCAAGUGGUACAAAGGUUGACACAGUUCCAUGUAAAGAUAACGAAAAUGAUGCUAAAAGGAGGAGCAAGUGCAGAGCAAGUGUACUUCCUUCUUACCAAAACAGUAACAUGUACAACGUUAUAGAAUCGCAUGAAUCAUAUCUUUUUCUGAGCGAUGUUAUUAUCAGCAGUGUCUACUCUGAACACAAUGUUGUGUAUACAUAUGCAUUAAACGAUAAGGUGAACAUAGUUUUGAAAGAGAAGCAGGAGAAACCAGGAGAAAGUGUUAUGAUAAUUGUCUAUUUAAAUAACACCUCAUGGAAUUUAUCACCUGAACAUAUCAGCUUUUUUUAUUACAUGUUCUCUCUUUAUUGUUUGCGUAUAAGAAAGAAAAUGUAUUUUGUUAAAAACCCCUUGAGAAGGAAGUUUAAACGGAUGAGUGAAAUGGGUAGGAUGAACUCUCCCUUUGUUGUAAGCGUUAUAGGCAUCAACUGUAAUGUUAAUUUGUUCUGUCUAUCCCCUCACUUCGAUGUGCUUAGAGGCAGUUUCAACAGCUCAAUUAAUCAGAACAACGCUGGGAGUAACAUAACCAGCUUCGAUCGAAGUGGUGAAGAUGCUAAGGGGAUGAGGAAAAGAAAGAAAGAAAAAUUAACACACAUAAAGAUUUCUCUCAAUUUUAAAUACAUUUUAAAAAUACGUUCAGGACAUGCUAAAUCUAAUGAAGCGUUUAAAGAAAAGAAAGUGAACACUCUGUAUGAUAACUACUUCUUUCUGAGCAAUGUACAGGUGCAGACAAAUGCAUUCACCAAUAUACUUCGGCAUAUAUGCACAUUUGAAAGGAAAAAAGAAAGAGGAAAAAAUAGUAAAAACAAGAGAAGAAAAGGCACUAUGUGCAAAAAUUAUGAUAUAAUCAUAAAAAUUAAAGACAAGAAAGUAUAUGUAGACAUUGUAAAUAAGGCAAGAAUUAUAUUUAUAAAUUUUAUUAUGUAUCAGGUGUAUCUAGCUAUUAGGAGAAUAAUCUAUCUAGGUGAUAUUAAGUUAGGGUACAAGACUUCAAAAAAGAAGUUUAGUAUUGAGAGGAAAAAAAUAAAAGGGAAUAUAUACAGAGUUUUGUUAAGAAAGCUCAAUCGUAUAGUUGACCCCAAUGAACAGAACAUAUGGGAGGCAACGAAUGGCAUCCAUAAUAUCAAUGACUUCUUUAACGAAUCGACAUAUUCAAAAAGUAAGAAUGGUCAACAGGAUGUUACAUAUAAGAGUGAGUUUUUGCAAUAUUGUACAUUUUGUAAAAAUAAUUUUAAAUGUAAAACGAAAUCAGUUUAUAAGAAUGACAAGGCUUUAAAAUAUUUAACACAGAUAAGAUUGAGAAGUAGAAUUACUCUCAUAUCAUUUGAUGAUAUGUACAACUUUGAUCAAUUGAGAAGAAAAAAAAAUUAUGACUUGUUAAGAAAUCAAUAUAUAGUAAGCACAGAUGCGAAUAUAUGUCUUUUCUAUUUUGAUACUUUGUAUAAAGAGAAUAUAAAAUCAUGUAAUUUUGUCAAGUUGUACAUUGAUUUUUACAAAUUAAAAAUAAGCAAAUAUACUUAUUUGAAUAAAACAUACAAUAUUUUUUAUUUCGAAAGAGUUAACUCUGAUUAUAUGAAAUAUAUGGAUGUAUUUCACCAAAAUUUUUAUAAAAUAUUUUCAAAAAAAAAGAUUAACUACAACAUAAGGGAUAACGUAAAACGCUACUUCAUCCUAGUCUCUACUAUAAAGAACGUCGAUUUUUCCGACCGAAGGAAUGGAGAACAUGAGCAAAGAUUACAGGGCAAGGAAGAUUACAUUGUAGGUGGUAAGAAGCGAGUAAAUCGCGUACACCCAGUGAACACUCUUCGAGCACAAAAGUAUAAUUCGAAAACGAGAAUAUACGCAAUGAAUUUCAGUCUGCUCUUCAAAAUGAAUGACUUUUUUCAUUUUCUAAACAAGUACCUUCUUACCGACUUUUGCAGUUUGUUUUCGUUAAAACAUGCUUGCGAGAGGGAGGAGAACAAACGUGGAGGUGGAUAUGAAGAAAGAAGUGAAGACAAAUCUGAUGUUAUACCUAAAUGUCUUUCCUUCUGCGACUGUGAACUCAUUGACCCCUUUUCGUUUAGGCAUUUUAUCAUGUUGAAAAAUAAAAUAGGAAGGCAUCAAAUGGAAGGGUGCCAAAUGGAGAGUUUUCACAAUAAGCAUAAGUGCUUCUUAUCAGAUGGUUGCUCAAAGGAGCAGAAGAUACAUCAUAGCGAUACUUAUCAAAUUCGAAAAAAGAACAUGAAAAGUGCUACCAUAAGUUUAAACAAGUAUGCCCUAUUUUUUGAGGAUGCUACUUUAUUUCUCCCAUCAGUUGUAAAUAACAGAGAUAUCAUAGUUGUACAGAAUAAUGUGCAUAUAAAAAAUAAAUUCAUAUUUAAAAAGAACAGGGAGUAUAGAAAAGUUUCACUAUAUGACAAGGUUAAUGUUUAUUUUUUAAAUAAUUUUUGCUAUACAAAUGAAAGAAAAAAUAUAAUGAAAAAUGGAAAUAUAUUGAUAAAAUAUUAUAGAAAUAUGCUGUACAAAAGAAAUUUAUUUUCAUUAUUUGUAUAUGCCUCGUGUGUUAUUUACCUAUCACCUAUGAACUACCAUCUAUUUAUGAACGUCUUCUUUGAAAACGUGCUACACAAUAAUUAUGAGUACUUCUCUUCUAAAUUAUAUAAGGGGAGCGGCACUACUAGAAAUGGUAGUACCAUAAACAGGGAAACAGUUGCUGUGGGAAAGCACACCUACGAGAAAGAUACUUCCUUUCAAGUGAGAAAGAGCGUUAGAAAAGAUCUAAACAUAAUCGUACGCAUGUUCGAUAUGCACAUAUAUUUAGAGAAUGCCUAUUCGAGUAGCAGAAUGAAUUAUAUAUUGUGCAAAUUUAUUUUCAUUAAAAUAGUGAAGUACAUAAAUGAUAGUAGUCUCUUGACAUAUAUCAAAGCGUAUGUACCAAUAGUUCUAAACUUUUUUUAUGAAUAUCCUUUUGACAUAUUACUCUCAUAUAAAAAGCUUAAGAAAACAAAUUACAUGAAAACGUUACUUAACAUGAACGGAGAAAUGUGUAAUUACACUGCUAUAUCAUUUGAUGGCUUUAUUAGGAAGAAAUUAAUUAAAUACAAUUCUUUACGCAAAAAUAAUGGGAAAAAAAAAAUUGUUGAAAUAUUUUAUAAAAGAUAUAAAAAUGACUUAUUUGGGUAUAAUAUCAUGAAUGAAGUACAAGUAAAAAUUUCUAGCGUUUUUCUAAGUACCGAUUUGUUCGAAUUGUUCAAUUUGUAUACAUUUUAUUUUGUUGAAGAUAAGAAUUUAUUCAUUAAUCAGAUAGAGAAAUUCUUGCGCACUGAAAAGUUUGUUCGUGUUUUUGGAAAAAGCACAUGCGAGGUGGAAAAAUGGCAAGAGGAACAGAGGCAAGAGCAUCAAAAACAGUAUUGUUAUCAUAUCCACUACAACCAGCAGCAGCAAGAGAAGCCGCAUCAGAAGCGGAAAUUGAAUGGAGGAACAUCUGAGAGUGAUCAUUUCCGCAAAUGGAACGGCAGUGCCGCAAACAUGCGAGUAUUCAAAAUAAACACCCUGAAAAUGGCAUAUACAGACGAGCCGAACAAUGUUUACCUGCUUUUAUACGAAAAAAUGACGAAACAUUUAAAUGCGCGGGACUUUAACAACUAUAACUGCAUAGUUAAAAGUAACAACAUCUACAAAACAAAUGUAAAUAUUAAACGUAUCCAUUUUAUGCUGAACUUUUUGUUUUACGAAAAUUUGUUAUGUUUGAAAAAGGUACAGAGUAGUGUGAGUAAAAAAAAUAUGAAAAAAAAGCGUUACUGUAUAGGUAAAGACAGAAACACAUUCAGCUUAAUUUACAAAGGAAGCCUACAUUUUGAUUUACUCUUCAAUUUAAGAAAAAAUCUAUUUUUAAAAUUUGCAAAUACGUCAAAAUAUGUGUAUAUUAAUAAUUUCAUUUUUGACAAUUAUUUCGAAAAUUGCAUGACCUGUUCAUGUAAAAAUUCAAAUUUUGUGUCCAAUGUUAUAUUAAAUAAUUCAAAUGAAAAAUUAAAGGAGUUUAUUUAUUUUAAGUGUAUAGUAAAGAGACGAAAUAAUUUAUAUUUAUUGAACAAUCAUAUUUUCUACUGUGUUAGUAAAAAUAUAAACAUGCAAAUAAGUAUGAGAAAUGAAAAAAUGGUCCUUUUUUAUGAUAAUAACAAAAAUGUAUGGUUUGAUCAUUUUCGUUUUGUAUACAAUUUCUUAAAUGGUUUAGUAGAAAGGCGUACCUUUUGUACAAUGAAUGACGAGAAGAAUAUCACAAAGGAUGUUAUAUGCGAUGUGCAAAUUUUUAAUAGUAGCAAUCAAAAUAUACUACAAAAAGAUAAGUAUUCAUGCCCAUUUGAGAAUAAGAAAACUUUAGAAGACUUGCUCAAUGUGGGUAAUAUAUAUGAAGGAAAUUUCACGUCAAAUGUCGGUGGAAGAACUUCCAUUCGUAAGGGUGAACGAACGAACGACCAUGCAAAUGCUCGCAAGAAUACACAAUGCAAGAAUAAAUUUACAGCGCCGAAAUAUAUUGAUGUACAUGUAAAUUAUGCCAAUAUUCAAAUAAGACUAAAAGAUUUUUUGUAUUUAAUUAAUAAAUUAUAUGAAAGCGUUUUUUUUUUUUUUAAUUAUUAUGCCGAAAUGAAUGCAUGCUUUUUUACAAUCUGCGAGACAUUACUGAAAAAUAAAUAUUUUUGUAAAAUUAAAAAAACGAAACAGGUAGCAUACUCUACAAUAAUUGUACACAUGAUAAUAAAUACCUUGCAUGUUCAUAUUUUUCAAAGUAUACCUUACCAAAAAAUAAAUGUGUGCAAAAAAAAAAAAAUUAUUCUUUUACAUGCUAAAGGAAUGUAUGAGUAUAUUUCAUGUAAUAAGAAAAAAGACGCUCUAUUAAAAAAGCAUGAGUCUGAUAUAUGUUGUAAUUUAUAUUUUUCAAAAAAUAAUAUAUAUGAAGAAUUUGCAAAGAAUGUACAAAUGCGUAUUAUUUAUAUAAAAAAUAAGGAACAAAAUAAUUUUCAUCUCUUUCUUAAAAAUAAUAUAACAAAUAUAUUCUUAACGAAAAAUAUAUUUAGAAAAGUUAUAUAUCUGUAUGAUGAGCUCACAGAUAGAAAGAAUUAUAACAACAACGACAGGAAUAGCAACUACAUGUGUGAGAGAUUAUUUCAUGUAAGGGGAGAAAAUUAUCGUUGUUAUGGCUCGUGUGAAAUGUGCAGGCAUGGUAUGGAAAAUAUGCAAGGUGAAAAAAAAAAAAGAAAAAAGAAUGAACAGAUAGAUGAAAUUGAAAAUUGGCAAAAGGGAAAAAAUCAAAUGGAAGACUUCCUCUUAAUGGACAAAGGUGAAAAGAUAAAAAAAGAUACCAAUAAUGCUGACAGUAUUAUAUUGUCAAACAAAGAAAAAUUAAGAAUUAAAAAUUUUUGUUUCUCUUUGGAAAGGAACAAAACAUGUACCAAUGUGAUAAGAAAAAGAUAUAACAAUUGUUCGCAUGACCAAUAUAUAAUAGUAAAUAAUUUCAAAGAGAGGAUUUUUUUUUAUCAAAGUAAAGAGAUAAAAAAUGCAAAAUUUGAAAACGUAUAUCCUUUAUAUAUGUUUUAUUUAAAAAAUGGAAAGAGUGUAAACACUGCAAAUACUGCAAACAUUGCAAACACUGCAAACAUUACAAACACUGCAAACAUUACGAACAUUGCAAAUACCAUUAUUUUUCCAUGCGUAAGGGAAAGAUACAUAAGAAAGAAUGAAAUGACCAUGAUGACCGAUGGCACUUUCUAUAAUUUCAUCUCAAAUACAUGUUUGUACAAUAACACAAACCACGAUAUUAUAUUUUUUUAUAAAAAUUAUAAAUCCUUUUUAUACUCUAAAAAAAAUUCGUAUAUUAAUUCGUUCCAUUUAAAAAACGACAAUUUUUGUUUUCUUAUUUUUUAUAAAAAAAAAUUAUACGUCUCACAAAAUUUAACAAUCGAUUCUUUAAAAAGUGUACAUACAAAUAAUAAAGAAAAAUUAAUGCAAAAUAUGCAAUAUAUAAAUUACAAUUUCCGCAAAUUAAAAUAUAUAGACAAGGGCCAAGAUACGCUUUACACACUUUUUAACAACAUAAUACAUCUAAAAAAAAUUGACGACAUCAAAUCAUUUUUAUAUGUAGAUAUGCACACAGAGAAGAAUAAGCAGAGGAGGAAAGACAUAACCAAUUUCAAUUUUAAUAAAUAUAAUAUUUAUAAUGUUAUAGAAAGAAAAUUUAUAAAAAUGGUAUUAAAUGACGAUUAUAUUAAUAGUUUUAAAAAUACGAAUACUGAUCAUUUAGUUUUACAUUUAACUAUUAUAAAAACACGGGGUAGCUCGUACAUGCAUAUAAAUAAAAGGAUAAAAUUUAGAAAUACCUUGCCCAUAACAGUGUAUUACAACUAUCAGGGGAAGUUAACCAGUGUUCACUCCUUUCAAAGCAGAGAAAUAUUCUUUGAUGAUUUUCAUCUAAACGUUAAAUGCAAUCACAUGCAUCAAGGAAAGCUCGAAAUUUGCUACCACAGAAGAAGGGGAAAUAAAGAAGUAGAGAAAGAGGGUCAUAAGCAGAUUUAUAGAAAAGAGGAACAACACAGGGGUUGGAAGCGGGAUGAAACAGAGGAACACCAGAAGGAGCAACAUGUCAAAGGCUCUCAAGCAGGUAAUACCUCACUGAAGAACGAAUUGGAUAGAAGGGGGGAAAAUGGUCCAAGGAAAGAUAGAUAUAUAAUUUAUUACUACACAAAUGUGAUAAAGAGGAAUAACGCUAUUAUAAUAACGUGUCACACGCUAAUUCUUCUAUACAGCUUUUGCGUAAAAAAUUUGGAAAUAAACAAAAAAAAAAUUUAUUUUGCUAAUGAUUUAGGGGGAAGCACAAAUAAUACUACAGUACAGUAUAUAUACCCCUUAAAAGAAUUAAAAUGUUAUACUAGUUUUUUUAAUGAGUCGAUAAAUAGCCUUAUUUUUGAAAGCAUCAAAUUAAACAGCGUUACGAUAAACAGUUGUCAGAACGUGAGCACACAGGAAAUCAUAAAUAAUAGACCCUACGUUUCAUGUUAUGUUAUUAGUUAUAUAAAAAAUAAUACAUGUAGCGGGCGUAGUAAUCCAAACUACUAUUUUAAAAAUUUUUCCUCCUUUUUAAUAGUAUACCCAAAGUAUAUAUUAAUCAAUGAAACAAAUUUUAACUUAGUGAUGUUUCCUUCUAACGGAAAUGGGAUCAAUUACCUUUUCCAGAGAAAAUCUAGGAAUGUCAUUAACUUAAUAGAGAAAAAUGAAAAAAAUUUCUUUUUUAAAAUUAAAAACACGAAUAUGCACAAUAACUAUUUGUACUUAUGUGGAGGAAUAGAUAUAACGAAGGAAGCUUCCUACAUCUUUUGCUUUACAAAAAUGGGGGGAAAAAAUGACUUGCGUGAGGUAUAUAAAAAUGGAAAAAAAAAUGACCUGCACAAGUCAGGUAAAAAUUGGGGAAAAAAUUACCCGCAGAAGGUGGAUAAAAAUGAAAAAAAGAAUCCCUUUAUUAACUUAAAAAUUAGCAUAAAUGAAGGGAGUACGUUGAGAGAUAAUGAUGUCCAUUUUCAUAAUUGUUUCUUUAUAACAAUAAGUGAACAUAUAUCCCGCAGAGAAAAAGAGGUCAAAUACAUUUCCUACAUAAAUAAUAACAUGAUGAACGUUCGAGAGAGCAGUGAUAACGUAAUAAUGAAUAUUUAUAAGUACAUAGAAAAGGAGGAAGAGAUAAAGAAAAUAUACAUUUACAAUAGUAUGAAUACAGGAAUACUCUUUGACAUUUUCCACUACAGUGAAAUUGUUUACAUAAUUGGUAGUGUUACUAGGGGGGGUACUAUGAGUGCUACUACAAGUAGAAAUGUGGAGAACGAUGGAGAACAGAAUGCACGAGAGGAGAAGAAAGAGGUUAAAUGGAUUGAAGGGGCUAAUCAGGUUGGACAGGUUGAUGCAGCUGGACAGGAUGACGAGUAUGGACUGAUUGACGAGAACGCAGGGGCUGAUUACAUGCAAUAUGAAAGCAGUCUGCCCUCAUGUAACCAAGUUAAAAUUGAAAGAGGAAAUAAAAAGAUUAAGGAAAACUUUUUUUUAAAUAUUUUUAAUGCAGAAAGUAGUGACAACUCUUGUUCAGGCGAAAACCAAAACACGAAUGAAAAUUUGGAUUACGAUUUUGGAAAGUUAUCGAAAGAUAAGUUAAAUUAUAUUAUGAAAAAUAGUCAUCAUAUUACAACGUUCAUGCAGAAUAAUAAGAACACAAUUCGAUACGUAAAAGAGAAAAAUAUUAUGUUUUUUCCCUUGAGGAAAAAUAAAAAUAUGAGAAACUGCUUUUUCCUUAUAUGCCCAUAUAAGUACACUACUAAAGGACAAAUUUUUAAAUUUUCCUUAGAAAGAAAAAGGCACCUAUUAAAAUUUGUAGAGAAGGAAAAAAUUAUAUUUGUUGAAAUAUUUAUGAUUCAAAAGAAGAAGAAAAUCAUUGUAAAAAUUUCUCAGUAUAUUGAUAACAUCGUACAUAUUACUGGAAAGGUGGAUAUGCACUUGUUAUCUAAGCAAAGUGCCAACCUUAAACAUGAAUUGUAUAGCAUUGAUCAAUCAUAUGAAGGGGAAAAAACUGUAAAAAAAUAUUCUAAAAAGGAGAAAGAUUUGAGUUCAAGUGAUAUGAUCAAUGAAAUUAAUUGUAGCUCAUUCGUUAAAUCAUUCUACUUUAGUUAUGAAAAUAAAUUGUUUAGGAAAUAUUGCACCAGUUUCCAUAUAUUUGGGAAGAAAACAAAUCGGAGCAUGCUAGUAAUAAACGAGCGAAAAAAUCGAUUUCAUAAGUGUCGAAAUAUAUUAACCUUUACGUCAUCACUACGUAAGAACGUUUCCCUUUACACAGACACUGAUGAGAAGAAGGGGAACCUGUACUCAUUUGUAAAGGGAGAAAAUUUUAUUCAUGUAGGGAAAGAGAAAAAGAUUUUUUGCCGAUUAACAAAAUAUGAACAACGGGGUUAUAAUAUAAAAAUAAAAAAAAAGGACAAAGCAAAUAUUACAGUUAAGGGAAAAUUAUACGCUCACCAUUUUAUAAAUAAAAAUGUUGCUUUUGUUGAGAGUGUAAAUAAAUGCAAAUUUUUUUUUUUAAAAGAAAAUAAUAAAACAAAAACAUCAGAGGUUCAUUAUUUUUUUGAUGUAAAAAAUGAAAUUAAAAUAAAUUUAUUUGCAUCCAUGCUAUUUGUAAAUAAUGCUAUAACUAGACAACAAAACAAAGAAGGCAUUUUUGUUUAUGGUAGUGAUGGAAAGGAUUUGAAUAAAAUAGAAAGGAAUUCUGUUAUUAGAGAGGAAUACCAAUCCAUUGAUUAUCGUAAUAAAUAUAUUUUAAAAAAAAAAAAAAAAAAUGCACAUAUAUUUACUCUCGUAUUAAAAAAUGCAAGUGCAUUGAUUAAGACACAAAAUAAUAAAAAUUGCUUUUCUUUACGUGUAGAAGAUAUGUUCAUAAUAGACAACUACUCUUCUUUUCCAGUAAAAAAAAUGUUUUUCAGAAAAAAUAUAUUAACGUCUAAUAGUGCAAGUAGAGGAGAUAAUACUACUCAUCUGGGUAGAAGUGAUAACAAUGAGGAGGUUCCUUUUUCUAUAAAUAAUUUACUGCAUGCCGAAUUGACCUAUGAAAUGGAUCCAAAUGCUUGGGUCAUAAAAAAAUUAGAGUUUUUUCUAUUACCUGUACAUGUGCAAGUAUCUCUGGAAAAUGUGGAAAAAUUGUACGAUUGUUAUCAAAAAUUUUGUAAGAGGAAAAAAGAAGGGAAACAAAACUACAAAAUGGAUAGAUUCCUGUUUGAGUAUAAUAUGGACCAUAAUAUCAAAAAUACUGGCAAUGGUAAGAAGUCAAGGAAGUGCUGUAAAGACCGGUUAAAGCACAUUAUCAGCAUGAGAGAUAGUGUUAAUUUUCGUCGUUAUUUAAAGUGGACAAAAAUGAGAAAAUUAAAAGUGGAGCAUUUUAAGGUAUACAGUUUAAAAAUAAAUAUAUGCUUCACGAAAGAAAAUAAUGAUUUAAAUAUAUAUAAGAAAAAAAGGAAAAACCUUUUUAAAUUUGGUAUAUUCCUUUCCUAUUUAAAUGCAUUAAAUGAUGCUGACUUUGUCAUUAAUCAGCUAUACUUGCAAAAUAUAAAAGAAAAAAAAAUAACAAAUUUUACUAAUUAUGUUGUAGAUUUCUAUAUGAAGGAAUUAUAUAAAAAUGUAUUUUACUAUUUAACAAAGAUGAAUUUAAUAAACAAGUAUUUGAAUAGUUAUUACAAUUUCUUUCACUUGCUCAUGGGUAAUAACUUCUUUAAUAUGAAUGUAUCUACUAGUCUUAAAAAUGUAAAGAAAGAAAUACAAGAUAGGGGCAAUAUGUACUUGAACAAACGAUACCCCUGGAGUCGGGAAGAAGAGGAAUUAACUACAGGGGGGAAUACCGACCCGAAUGAUGAUCCUCGAUCGUUCGGAAUAGGUCCGUGUGAUGAAUGGGGUGGAAGGGACGAAAAGGACAAAAGAAACGAAAACGAUAUGUACGAUGAGAAGGAUAAAAAGCACAUGUAUGAUCAUGUAAACGAUCAUAUGAAUGCCCACGUUGAUGACUACAUGGAUGACCAUACUAACUACUACAACAUGGCAAAUAAUAGAACUACCCAAGUAUGCAGAAAAUACAAAAGCUUAAUACUCGAAAAUGUAACAGACGAGGGGUGCACACAGUUUUACAGAAAUAUGGACAACCUUAACCUAUUUAGCGAUUCGAAUUUUUAUCUGAAAUCAAAGAAGAAGAAACAUAUAAAACGUGUUAAUAGGGAGCUAUUUUACACUGUUGAGGGGAAAAAAAUGUUCAUAUUUGAUGAAGACUUAAAUUACAACAAAAGUGGUAUCAAGAACGACUGGAACGAUAACUCUAAUGAGGAUACCACUAUUAAUCAUGUUAUUCGUGAAGAUGGUGUACCCAAACAACACAAGGAAGAGGUCGAGUAUGCCAACAACUUUACCCUUUUUAAUAGCGCUCUAAAGAUUAUAGGAAAGGACAUUAUGUCCAGUAUUAACUAUUACUUGUAUGAUAAAAACGGUCAAAGUGGAAGCAGAAGUAGAAGCGAGCAAGGAAGCAGCGAGAAGGGCAAUAGUCAACUUGGAUACAAAUUAACCAAAUUCAAAAGAGAUAAGGUGCACAUUCUAGAGUACUUUAGAAAUGGACUAGGGGCAACACGAGGGAAUGACAACUCGCCUAAGGACAAGGAGGAAAAAAACAAAACAGAGGAAUUUACAACGUACCUCCAAAUUUAUAAGAAAAACAAAAUUGUGCAUGACCCUCGAUUUUUUAGAAUAUGCUGCCCGAUGGACAACAUCGUAAUACGAGAUUUCAUGGUGCAUAGCUACCUUUACGAUGAGAAGGAAAAUUUCGCGUUGCUGUUUUGUAAUAAUUAUUUCGUUAAAUUAAACAGAAACAAAAAUAAAAUUAUGAUAAGAAAGGAAAAUAUUGUAAAGGUUGAGAUCAGCUGUAUUUAUUUCAAUUUAAUAUUUGAGAAGGAUAAAGAUUUAAUUAUAAAUAUAAAGAAUAUAAUCCGAAAGAACAAAAAUAAUUUUCUUUCUUUUUAUUUUGAUAUCCUUUUCAAAAUAAAAAAAAAAAAAAGAUUGACAUAUAAAAUUCACAAAAAUUUAUUACAGAUAUUAUACUUUUUAUAUUAUAUUUUUCAUUUUAUUUACAAUUAUGAUAGAAGAGUAAAAAAUCUAAAAAAAAAUAUUGUCUCAUCAUCAAGUAAAAAUAAGUACCCUUCUGUUACAAUAUUUGAAGAUUACCAGAAAAAUUUCUUUUCAUUUUCAUCAAUGAUGCAUUUAAAUAUUUUCUACUUAAACGUAAAGAGUUUUCUAUUCAGUCUAGCACAGCAGUGA